UCAAGACAUGUCCCCCGAUAAUGAGUCUGAUAAUGAAUACGACGAAAGUAAAGUUAUAAAAGGCGAACCUUCAUAUAAUGAAGCCAAAUAUCUUGUUGUUAAUGUUUUCAAUUUCGGUCCAAGAACGUUAAGGUUUGUAAGCGCACAGACAACAGCGGGCGAAGUAGUAGCUGUUCCUGAUCCAAAUGCCAUUAUCACAUCAGGAGCUGGUAGAGGAAAUAUGGCAAGACUCGUAUUCAAGCAAAGCCCUUGGAGAGGCCCAGAAGUCAAUAUAAUUUUUCAAGGAAAAAAAGGUAACUUUAAUCUUUAUGCUCAGCAGAAUUAUGCCUUUUUGGAAGCUGGGAAUGUCAGUGCAA